AGGCCGGUUCCCCGUGGCAGAGCGGCGGCCGGAGCUGAGACUCUCUGCCUGCGGCGCACUCGGCCAAUCGUUCGGCUCUCCGGGCUCCGCCGGCGGGGCAUGUCCCGCCAUGUUCGACCUAAACGGCGGCUGGAACCUGUCUUUCGCGGGCUGCGGCUUCCUGGGGAUUUACCACAUCGGAGUUGCCAGCUGCCUGCUGGAGAAAGCGGCCUACCUCGUCGAAGGGGCGACCAAGCUGUACGGGGCCUCUGCCGGUGCCCUGACCGCCUCGGUGCUCGCGAGCCAGGCGUCUAUAACUAAAUGCUGUGAAGAUGUGAUCGAGGUGGCGAAGGAGGCCAGGAAGAGGAACCUGGGUCCCCUUCACCCCACCUUCAACCUCGUCAAGGUGAUAAAGUCAGGCCUGGAUCGUGACCUGCCCUCUGAUGCACAUGUCCGUGCCUCGGGGCGACUGUGUGUCUCGCUGACCAGAGUUUCUGACGGGGAAAACGUGCUGAUAUCAGAGUUUAGCUCCAAGGAGGAACUCAUUCAGGCACUGAUCUGUAGCUGUUUCAUCCCCAUCUACUGUGGACUGAUUCCUCCGUCCUUCAGAGGAGUGCGUUACGUGGACGGUGGAAUCAGCGACAACCUGCCACAGUCGGAACUGAAAAACACCAUCACCAUCUCUCCAUUUUCUGGUGAGAGCGACAUCUGUCCUCGCGACAGCUCCACAAGCUUCCACGAGCUGCGCUUCACCAACACCAGCAUCCAGAUGAACCUGGGCAACAUGUAUCGUCUCAGCAGAGCACUUUUCCCGCCUGAACCCAAGGUGUUGGCUGAGAUGUGUCAGAGUGGUUAUAAAGAUGCUCUACGCUUCCUUGAAGAGAACAACCUGCUGAUGCCGGGGCGUCCGACCUCUGGUCUCACCCUGCAGGACAGCACCCCUAACUGCUGCUGUAAGCACACUGAAACAACCAGAGAGUGGAUGCUGCGCAGGCUGCGCCUCCUGCGUAAACAGCACUGGUGGCUGGAUGAACAGAUCAUUCUGCCUACACACAUCAAGAAAGUGUUCUGCGAGGCCUGCCAGCAGAAGCCUGGUCUGUAUGCCAAGGUGUCUGAAAUGCUGCCAGUGAGAGUGGCCUCAUACAUGCUCAUGCCAUACACACUUCCUGUCCAGUCAGCCUACUCAGUGGCACAGAGGUUUGUGGAGUGGAUCCCAGAGGUGCCAGCUGAUGUGUGCUGGCUGUUCGGCGUGGCUGCUGAUGUGUACCGACAGACUCGGAAAGGAGAACCAGCCCGCUCUAUCAGUGAGCCGUGCCUGAGGACAUGCUCCAGUCGGCCACCUCUGCCUGCAGCGUGCGAGAGAGACAAGCUGCCGGUUCUGUCCUCACUAGACCUCCACGGCAACUUCUGGGAAAUCGACAAAUCUACCUCCUCCUCGACCCACCACCAUCCUCACAUCGCCCCCUUCGCUCCGCAGCAGGUGUGCUUCUUUGUCAGCUCACAGGAGGAAUCUCCCAUCCCUGAAAAGCAGUGAACCGACUCAGGAUGUCUAACAGUUCCCACUGCGGAGCUGGUGGACUGAUGAGUGGAAACACACAUUGGUUAAAUAGACUCAGACACUCCAGGCAGUACAGUGUGUAUUAUAUUUUAAUGAGUGUCACUCAGGAUCAUAGGGGGGUUAACCAGGCCCAGGAGGGGCCCAGGCAUAGGUCUGUGGUUGAUCCUUUAAUUCCAGUUUACCUAUUGACUGACUCAGUCUGUGUCCCUGUCCAGAACUCCUAAUGUGUGGCCUGAAUCUAACUACCACCCGACCAACUUUUUAAACGACAGUUAAAAGCAGCAUUCAUUCAUCUUACCAAGGCAGUGACUUGACUCGAGAGUUGUUUCUCUUCACCCGUUUGUUCCUAUGAUCAUGUUCAUUUUUACACUUGUGUGAUGCUUUUAGCCGACAUGAUGCUGCUUGUGGCAGACACUGGUGGUCCCUUGACCACAUUUGGAAACAUAGACAAUCACUCACUGUUCUAAAUAAAGUAAUUUUCCCACAAA